AUGGCUUCAUCGGAGUCCGCGAAAACCAGUACGAGAAAUACCACUGGCAAAACUUUAUCCCCAUCUUCGAAUGGAAAUGUACUAGAUGUACCCAAUAGUUUCAUCGUUGACAGCAACGUUCUUGGAAAGUUUCCCGGUGGGACAAAGAUAAUAUCGGCUCAUGAAACUGUGGCUUCAGCUUGGACGACCACUGCUCAGCUCCAGGUUCAAAUAGAUGAUGGGUCGGAAGAAACGUACUUCCUGAAGUUGGCCUCAGGAGAUCAUGGUCGGAUCAUGAUAGAAGGGGAGUUUAACUCAAUGUCUGAGCUAUACGCGUGUGCUCCGGACUUUGUUCCCGAGCCGCACUCCUGGGGGAGAUACGCCAAAGGUAACCCCGACACAUACUUCUUCUUGUCACAAUUUCUGAAGAUGGACCAUACGAUGCCAGAUCCAGAAUAUCUAUGCUCCAAGCUUGCGCGCCUUCAUCACGACAGUAAUUCACCAACAGGCAAAUUUGGAUUCCACUCCACGACAUGCCAGGGGCGGACUUCCCAGUGUGUAGGCUGGGAAGAAAAUUGGACAGUAUUCUUUGCGAAGCUCCUUCAGCACGUGAUAGACUUGGAUCUUGAAGUGAAUGGAUACUGGGAGCCUCUCGACAAGGUCAAAAAGCGACUCAUAAAACAUGUCAUUCCUCGCUUAUUGGAUGCCCUUAUUAGUGAUGGGCGUUCCAUCAAGCCGAGUUUACUUCACUCUGACCUUUGGGAGGGCAAUACUGGAACUUUGGCUACCAAUGGAAGAGUUUACAUUUUCGAUGCUGCUUCCUUCUAUGCCCACAACGAGAUGGAAGUCGCAAAUUGGCGUGGAUACUACAACAAGAUUAGCGACGAGGUGUAUACAAAGACAUAUCUCUCUUACUUUCCGCCGAGCGAGCCCAAGGCCGAAUGGGAGGACCGCAAUCGCCUCUAUAGCGUAUACUACAACGUGAUAUAUUCUGUCAACCACGAGAGCCAAGGAACGGCUGUUCGUCAACUAGCAUUUAGUGAUAUGUAUUAUCUCGUCAAUAAAUUUGCACCAUUCCCUGAGGGUGAGGCACCCCCGCAUUUACAGGAAUCAGAAAUUGCUUCUCUCUCCGCUGAGCGCGACCAUACUCUAGCUUAA